GGGACUGGGAACGACUGGGAGGGUCUGGUGGCUGAUGGCUGAGCCCCGCCCGGACCCCGGCAGUAACUCCCAGUGCUCCCAGUAACUCCCAGUGCUCCCAGUUCCCCCAUCCCAGUAUGGAGGGGCUCAUCCCCCCCUCCCACUUUGUGCUGCGCUCCAGAUCCCUGGGGGCGGAGCUUGGAGCUGAAAAGGGGCGUGGCCAUGACUGGGAGGCAGAGCUUAAAGCGCUGAGGGGGCGGAGCCAGCGAGUGGAGGCGGAGCUGGAGGCAGAAAAGGGGCGGGGACAGCGCUUGGAGGCGGAGCUGGAGAUGGAAAAGGGGCGGAGCCAGAGCUUGGAGGCGGAGCUGGAGGCAGAAAAGGGGCGGAGCCAGAGCUUGGAGGCGGAGCUUCAGGCAGAGAAGGGGCGGAGCCAAUCAGCAGCAAAGGAGCUCAAUGCCCUAAAGGGGCGGAGCCAGCGAGUGGAGGCAGAGCUGGAGACGGAAAAGGGGCGGAGCCAAACAAUGGAGGUGGAGCUCAAUGCCCUGAGGGGGCGGAGCCAGCGGGUGGAGGCGGAGCUUAAAUCAGAAAAGGAAAAGGGGCGGAGCCAAACAAUGGAGGUGGAGCUCAAUGCCCUGAGGGGGCGGAGCCAACGGGUGGAGGCGGAGCUUAAAUCAGAAAAGGGGCGGAGCCAAACCCUGGAGAUGGAGAUUGAGGCAGAAAAGGGGUGGAGCCAACGCCUGGAGGCAGAAAAAGGGCGGAGCCAGCACUUGGAGGCGGAGCUGGAGGCAGAAAAGGGGCGGAGCCAAAUCCUGCAGAUGGAGCUGGAGGCGCUGAGGGGGCGGAGCUUUGGCAAAGAGGGGGCGGAGCCAAGCCCAGAGCAGGUGCUGCUGGCCCGCUGGCGACAGAAGGUGUUCCAGCUGCUGCUGCAGGUGAGGCUGCAGCGGAGCCAGGAGCUGCGGCUGCAGGGACAGGUGCGCUCCCUGUCUCUCACCUGUCUCUCACCUGUCCCAGUUGCGCUCUCUGCCUCUCACCUGUCUCUCACCUGUCUCAGCGCUGGUGGCAUCGGGACGGCUCCGAGUGACAGCGAGGGACAGGACAUUGGGGACACCUGUGGACACCAGGGGACAAUGGGGGGUCAGUGA